AUGGGUUGCACAUCAUCUAAUGAAGUUGUUGAAGCUGAUAUUAAAAAUGAUUUAUCACUUUACUUCCAGACAGGAAAAAUUGGUUCUAUUCAAGUUAAAAAUAGAUUUGUAAUGGCUGCUCUCACUAGAUGCAGAGCUAAUCCUGCUACUGGUAUUGCCAACGAUAUUAUGGUUGACUAUUAUUCAUAAAGAGCCAGUUUUGGAAUGAUUCUUACUGAAUGCAGUUAAAUUUCUCCUUUGUCUAAUGCAUUCCCUGGGUCUGCUGGUAUCUACUCGAAAGAAUAAGUUGAAGGAUGGAAGAAAGUCACCCAAAAGGUCCAUGAAAAAGGUGGUAAAAUAGUUCUUCAAAUUUGGCAUUCUGGCAGAGCUGUCCUCAAGGAAUUUAUUGGAGGCGCUGAUCCUUUAGCUCCUUCUGCUAUUGCUAUUAGAACUCCCCAUGCUUACACAAAAGGUCCUCACCCUGUCCCCAAAGAAAUGACCAAAGAAGACAUAAAGAAAGUAGUUGAAGAAUUCAGAUAAGGAGCUUUAAAUGCUAAAGAAGCUGGUUUUGAUGGCGUUUAACUUCAUGGAGCUAAUGGAUAUUUGGUUGACUAGUUCUUAAGAGAUGGAACAAAUAAGAGAACUGAUGAAUACGGUGGAAGUAUAGCUAACAGAACAAGAUUCCUUUUAGAAUGUUUAGAUGCAUUGAUUUCAGUAUUUGGUGCCGAUAAAGUAGGUAUCAAACUUUCACCUACUGGUAGAUAUAAUGAUAUGUAUGACUCUAAUCCUAAGGAACUUAUGAAAUAUGUUCUUGCUGAAUUAGAAAAAAAGAAAAUUGCUUUUGUUGAAGUUAAAAGACAUGGAUUUCUUGAAAGUUCUAAGGAUCCUAACUAAGAAAAUGAUGAUUUCGGAUAAACUUAACCCAAAAAAUAAUGGCCUGAUAUUUUCUAAUAAAUUAGAAAUCUUUAUAAGGGUACCCUUAUAUUAAAUGAUGGAAUCACAAAAGAAGAAGGUUUGGAUUUACUUAAAAAUAGAUAGGCUGAUUUUAUUAGCUUUGGUUAGUUUGCUAUUAGUAACCCUGACUUGCCUUAUAGAUUUAAAUAAGGUUUAGAGUUGGCCAAAGCUGACUAUACAACCUUUUUCACUCCUGGUGCUAAAGGUUAUUCUGAUUAUCCAACUGCUUAAACAUAAAAGUCAUGA